AUGUUUGAUAAAAUUAUAUUCGUCGUCAAAAUUGUAUACAAAAAAAUUAUGAUCGACAAUUUACAGUUGGUGUUAAUGAUCUUAAUAUUAUUUUACAGGCCUUACCAAUUACUUGGGUUUAUCAUGACAUCAAAGACGACUGCAGCAUACACGGCAGUAUUAAAUCAUUUUUCACAAGUGUUUGCUCCUCAUAUCAAUCCAUCAUCUGUUUCUGUCGAUUUUGAAGAGGGAUUAUCUUCAGCUAUAGAUGCAAUUUUUCCCAAUGCUAAGAUUAUCCGGUGUUACUUUCAUUUUUUAAAUGCUUCAAUGAGAAACUUGAAAAAAAAAAAAGGAACGAAAUUUAUGGAGCGAUUAAAAGGCUGGCGAGAAAGUAAAAUUUUUUAUAGAAAAUUGAUGGGAAUUCCUCUUCUGCCUCAGGAACACAUGGUUUUAGCUUUCAACUGGUUACUGACAAAUACAGUAGAUGAUGUCAAAGAACAGUUCACUGACUUCAUAAAGUAUUUUGAAGGUUGGUGGAUAAAGCGCGUAACACCAAUAAAACUUAGUGUAUUUUUAACGGAAAAGGUAACGAAUAAUGAAAUAGAAGCUUAUCAUCGAGUUCUACGGAAAAGAAUGGGCAGUCACCCCUCAAUUUGGCAGCUUAUGGAAUACUUAAAAAACCUCCAAAGUGUUACUCGAAGUGAGUGGGGUUCGUUGAUGAUGGGUUUAUCUAUUCGACAGCCAACGGAAAACAAGUAUAUUAAUAAAAAAGAGAUACUUCAUCGGGCCUGGAAGAUGUAUCAGGAUAAGUUACUUGAUAUACCAAAAUUUCUGGCAUGUGCAUACAACUUUUUAGGCUGUCUUCAAAAAUUUACUUAUAUCACUGAAUCUUUGCAUGUUGAUUUAUUUGUAAAUAUACAAGCACAUAAUAUU